AUGCAGCUGCCCAGGAAGAAGGCAAGCUCGCCUAAAAAAAAACAGAAAUCAGAGAAUGAGGACCAGGAAAGGGGCCAGCAUGUGCCCUCCAAGAACAAAAAGUCUGCCGACAAUAAAGGGCAAGACGGGGAGGCAGAGGCACCAACGAAGAGCAACAAGCUCAAAGCUGAUGAAUCUGAGCCCAAUGGGAGAGAAGCUGCCGCAAGAGACUUUGCAGAGUUGUGCAAGGCCAUAGGAGAACACCUCUCCCUGGAGGACAUGCGCAAGAUCCUUGAAGCCAAUGAGCAAGAUGCUUCUGGAUCGGAGGAUGCAGUCGUUCCAAGAUGUGAGGAUAUGAUGUUCUAUGGGCCUCUCGAGAAGUGCCCAGUAUGUGGUGGUCAGCUUGAAUUUAAGGGUACUAACGACCCUUCAAGGAAAAAUGGUCCUAUAAAAGUUCCUGAUGACAUAAAAGAUGAUUUUAUCCGCAAGUGGCUGAAGCAACAUGAAGGAAAGGAGUUCCCAAAAUGUGAUGUUGAUGAAGAGGCCCAUAUCUUCUCCGGCAUGAUGAUUGCCUUGUCUGGACGGAUGUCACGCUCACAUGGUUACUUCAAGGAGCAGAUUAUGAAGCAUGGAGGGAAGGUCAACAAUUCCGUGCUUGGUGUUACCUGUGUAGUGGCUUCUCCAGCUGAGAGAGAUAAAGGUGGCUCUGGAGGAUUUGCUGAAGCACUGGAGCGUGGAACUCCUGUUGUUAGUGAGAAUUGGAUAAUUGAUAGUAUCAAGAAGAAGGAAGUUCAGCCUUUAGCUGCCUAUGAUAUUGUUUCUGACCUUGUUCCGGAAGGCCGAGGACUACCACUGGGCCAACUUGAUCCAAGUGAGGCGGCCAUUGAAACCUUAGCUGCAGAGGUUAAACUUGCUGGCAAGAGAUUUGUCCACAAGGACUCUAAACUCGAUAAAGAUGGUGGAUGUGUCUUUGAGAUGGAUGGCAUAAUCUACAACUGUGCUUUUGCUGUAUGCGAUCUAGGAUGCCAGAUGAAUGAGUUAUGCAUCAUGCAGCUGGUUAUGGUCCCUGAAAAUCGUUUGCACCUAUUCUACAAGAAAGGUCCAAUUGGUCAUGACCAGAUGGCAGAGGAACGAGUGGAGGAUUUUGGUAGCCGUGUCAAUGGUGCUAUUAAAGAAUUUGUUCGGCUGUUUGAGGAGGUUACUGGAAAUGAGUUUGAGCCUUGGGAAAGGCAGAAGAAGUUUGAGAAGAAGAGUAUGAAGAUGUAUCCCUUGGACAUGGAUGUUGGGGUUGAUGUGCGUCAUGGAGGUGCAGCACUUCGUCAGUUGGAUUCUGCAGCAGCACACUGCAAGCUUGAUCCUUCUGUUUCUUUCCUUGUGAAACAGUUAUGUGGCCAAGAGAUUUACAGGUAUGCUUUGAUGGAGAUGGCCCAGGACCUGCCUGACCUUCCCAUAGGGAUGCUUACUGAUCUCCAUCUGAAGAGAGGGGAGGAUAUGCUGCUUCAGAUGAGAGGAGAUGCAGAGUCGGUAGCAGAGUCUGGCCCAGAAGCAGAUGCAUUCUGGACUGAAGUCAGCAGCAAAUGGUUCACUCUGUUUCCCAGAACUCGACCAUACACGAUGAGGGGGUUUGAGCAGAUUGCUGGCAAUGUAGCAUCAGGUUUUGAGACAGUACGUGAUAUAAACGACGCAUCUCAUCUCAUUGGGGAUGUGUUCGGUUCGACUUUGGACGAUCCACUGUCUGAAUGCUACAAGAAGCUCGGUUGUUCGAUCAAUCCUGUUACUGAGGAUUCAGAAGAUUACAAGAUGAUUCUGAAGUACCUAGAGAAAACAUACGAGCCUGUCAAGGUGGAGGAUGUGGUCUAUGGUGUGUGUGUUGAGAGGAUAUAUGCUGUUGAAUCCAGUGCAUUUCCUUCUUACGAGAAAAUAAAGAAUCUGCCAAACAAAAUUCUUCUCUGGUGUGGGACUAGAAGCUCUAACUUGCUUAGGCACCUCCAUAAAGGAUUCCUGCCUGCUGUCUGUCAUCUUCCUGUGCCAGGGUACAUGUUCGGCAAAGCCAUAGUCUGUUCUGACGCAGUAGCUGAAGCUGCUCGCUACGGCUUCACUGCAGUGGACCGCCCAGAAGGGUACCUGGUCCUGGCAGUGGCCUCUCUGGGAGAAGAGAUCAAAGAAGUAACCGGAACGCCAGGGGCAGAGGAGGCACGAGUCUUGGAAGAGAAGAAGAUGCGCGUGAAAGGUGUCGGGAGGAAGACUCCCGACGAGUCGGAGCACAUCACCUGGAGGGACGGCGUGACGGUCCCCUGCGGUAAGCUGGUGCCGUCGGCGAACAAGGACGGCCCGCUCGAGUACAACGAGUAUGCUGUGUACGACCCCAAGCAGGUGAGCAUCUGCUUCCUGGUUGGGGUGAAGUACGAGGAGCAGAACAUGGAGGUGGUGCCGGACGACGAGUGA